AUGCCAUUCACAGGUUUUAAAAUAACCAGACAAUAUAAAAUUACAGGAUAUGCUUCACCUGCAUCAAUGCAUUUCAUAACUAUUUCACACUGUAAUCAAGGCAAAGUAGAUUAUCAAAAAGUAUUGAGAGUUGAUUCUUCAAGUGUUAUAAAUUGGGACAAACCAUUUUGUAUGUUGAAACCAAAACUAGGAGAAAAUAACUUAAAAGUAAACGAAGAAGGAGAUGUAGACGAUGACGAAUUUAUUGGAAUAUUUGGUUUCAUAAUGCUAAAGGGCAAGAAAUUGCAAAAUUUACUUCGUAAGAAAAUUGACAUCAGUUUGGAACAAUUAUCAAAUGGAAAAUGGGUGGAAUAUUCUGGAAAGAACAAACAAUUCAAAUUUGAAAAAUUCAAAUUAAAAGAUCCACUAGAAUCAUUGAAGUAUGAGUCAAAGAACCUAAUAUGUUAUAAAAUGGCAAGGAGGAAAAAAUAUGCCAAAAGAAAGAUAUCAUUCUACAUUCCUCAAACUUUUGUUGGUGGAUUAUUUGAAUGUUUUUUACCAUUAGAUAUCAAACAACAAAUUUUGACUGAUUUCGUAAACUCUAAUGAUUUAAUAAUUCAGCAAUUUGAAUUUAAUUGUGAUCCACAAUUAUCUAGACCAAUCAUGCCACUCAUUGCUGAAGAUUCAACUGUCCAAUGGUUUGAAAAUAAAUUAUUAAAUUUUAUAAAUCCAGGUAUUAUUCAAACUAUUCCAUAUUUAUCAACUGCAAGUCCUUGGGAUUUAAGGUUCUCAAUCAGCGAAACACCAGAUAUGUUUAAAGAUACAUGGGCUACAAAGAUUGAAAUAAAUGAAAACUAUAAUUAUAAUGAAGCUGAUUUACAUGUUAUUACAAAGGCAAUCACGUACCUGGCUAAUUUAUUGAAUAAAAUAAUAUCACCAAUAGAUAUAAAUAAUUUGGUUAAAAAUUACAACAAGGCAAGUAAUAGAGAGAAUCCAGCAAUUGAACAACUUGUAAUGAAUCAAUAUAAUUUAACAAAAGAGGAAAGGAUAAAUUUAUGGUUUGGACUAGGGAACAAGGAACUGAUCAAUAAAGUCUUGACCAAAAUUGAAAGAUUUUGGGAUAACCUAACUAAUGAAUAG